UUCCUCUGUCUAUUCCUUCUUCCUCUAUCCGGUUAUGGAGGUCUGCUAGACAGACAUUUAAACGCUCAAAAACACGAUAAUCCUCCUUUUAGGAAUCAGGAAACCAAACUUAUUUUAAAUACACAGUUCAAGAUGCCAGUGGCUGUAGGUCCAUAUGGCCAGACCCAGCCCAGCUGUUUUGACCGGGUCAAGAUGGGCUUCAUGAUGGGGUUUGCAGUAGGAAUGGCUGCUGGCGCCAUGUUUGGCACUUUCUCCUGUCUCAGGAUCGGCAUGCGUGGCAGGGAGCUGAUGGGAGGAGUAGGAAAGACCAUGAUGCAGAGCGGGGGGACGUUCGGCACCUUCAUGGCCAUCGGUAUGGGCAUCCGCUGCUGAGGAUGACCACGUGGAACAACCUCCGCCACAACACAACUGUACAGCUAUGGGACUCUUCCAGUAAAUACAACCACAGCUCUCUGUCUGCUCAACGCUGUCACACCCCCAACUCGUCUAGUUUUGUCAAUAAAAGUUCACAUUUGUCAAAUGG